ACCAGCAAAAACUCAGACCGCACGGAAUGCACUCUCUCAAACAGGUAUCAUUCUGCACCGAUCCUCAGACUGUACGGUACGCUGAGAACAGGGAACAGAGGGAGAGAAAUACGACAGCAGAUCUACGACCUAUCAGCUCUCAUGGCUAUAUUUUUGUUCCUGUUGUUCCUUAUGCCUGCAGCAACUUCUGGCCAAGAGUCAGUAACAGUGUAUCCUGGAGAUGAUGUCACUCUGCCAUGUCAGGCUGCUGAUUACCCCAUCGGCGUUGUAGAGUGGAGCAGAGCUGACCUGGAGAAAGAAUACGUCCUCUUAUACAGAGAUGGACGUUUAGAUCCAACCCACCAGCAUCCAGACUUUAAGGACAGGGUGGAGCUGGUGGACAGAGAGCUGAAGGGUGGAGACGUGUCUUUAAUUCUGAAGGGUGUGAACAGCUUAGAGGCCGGAAUAUACGAGUGUCGAGUUGUACCAGCUCAUUCAAACAGACUCUUCCUUGACAAUAAGCCAAUCAGAACCAUCCGUCUGCAGGUUACAGGCUUCUGAGGAUGGACACUCAAUGAAUGCUGUCACUAGAAACUCCUCUCCUGUAGUCCGAUACGGUGGACUGGCAGCAGAUGCUCUGCUUCUUGUAGCUGCUGCAGUGGUUGGUGUCCUGACAUA